AAUUUGUCGUCUGUUUGUUUACUAGUUUGACAGGGACGCUGGAUUCGUAUCAUGUUAAAGGCAGCAUUAGCAGGCAGGACAGUGAAUGAACAAAAUGGCAGAUGAAAGAGCUGUUAUACUGCGGUUAGAGCAGUUAAGUAGAGAAUACAACAUUCUUUCACAGUUACUUACAACACAGCAAAGAAGUGGAGUUUCACAACAAGGUGCUAGUUCUGACAAUGCUUUGCCAAGUAACAAAGAUGCCAAGAUAUCCAGUCUUGAGAAAGAGGUGCAAGAGCUUACCAACAAGAUUGAAGCCCAGUUUUCUGAAAAAUGUGCAGCGGAGAAAGCUUUGCAGCAAAAAGAAAAUGAGAAUACAAAGCUUAUAGGAAAACUAAAGCAAGAAAUCAAAGAUUGCAAUAAUGAUACAGAAGUUCUGAAAGAUGUUAUUAAACGACUAAAUGAACAGCUGAAUAGAUAUCAUCUAAAGUAUGGCCGAAUAAGAGAAGAAAACGUAGGGAGUAUAAAGAAAGAUUUAAAACAUGACAGCAUCUACAAAUUGGGUGCUCUCCUCACUGCCUAUGAUGAGAUCAUUUUGGAAAGAGAUGAAGCGCUAAAAUCCAACUUGGAGAAAUUUGAAAAGUUAAUGGUAAAUGUCGAUGCAGUAACAGCUGAGAAUGAAAAACUUCAUCACCGUGUUAAGAAGCUGCAGCAGGAUGCACCAAUGGGAUCAGAGGAAGCAGAAAUGGUUGCUGCAGAUGCCAAGCUUUUGUUAGAAGAACGUGAGUUGCUGCUCCAAGAAGUCCGCACUCUCCAUCAGCAGCAACAAGACGAGUCUAUUAGUUAUCAACAGAGAGUUGCAAAACUACAGCAGCAUCUUGAAGAUAGUGAAACAAGAGUGGGCACUCUGUCUUCAGAGCUAGAUUCCCUGAGGACAGAAGCUGGCCAACUGGAGAGGCAGUGCAAUAAGCUCCAGCAACAACUACAAGAAUCUGUUUCAAAAGAGGAGCAUCAGAUAGCUGUUGAUGAAUGUCAAAGACUGUUUGAGAAGUUGCGCAAGACCUAUACCGAAGAGUCCGGAGACCUGAAAGGGAGGAUGCGAGCCGUGAAGCAGGAGAAGCAGACUUUAGCAGAGAAACUAACGGAUUCAUCAGCCUACGUCCACAACCUAAGCGUUCAAGUUUCAGGUCUCAAAGGAUCUCUGAGAAAAACAGAGAGUCGGGUAAAACGUAGAGAAAAGGCUCUCCAAGUUGUACAGACUACUGCACGUGUCGCCCAGACAAGACUGAAAUCCUUAUCAGAAGUGUGUAGCAAACUAUUGGAAGACAGAGAGAAGCUAUUAGAGGCCUUAGCAGCACAGAGGAAAGAAACUGAGGAGCUUUCUAAGGAACUUACCUUACGUUGUGCUACAGUUGGUGCCUUAUCUCAGAAACUGAAGGAGGAACGGAUAAAUUGGAGCAGUAAGAUGGCAGAGAGUGAGGGUGGUCGGCAAGCAGCCAAGGCGGCAUGGAAACGUUCCACAAAGGAGAACAAUCACUUGCGGACAUUAAUAGCAGCAAAGGACGACACAAUAACUUCCCUCAUUGCUGACUAUAAAAUUCUUGGACUUGAAGUCAGUGAUGCAAAACAACGUAGUCUUCAUCAGAAGUUAUCCAAAUCGGGUAAUCUUCCAGGAAAUUUACCCUUUUCUUAAUCAAAGUCUUAGAUCAAAACAUUGUUAUUUAGAUUUCUCACCAAUUAAUGAUGUGUGAAGUUUAAGGCUUGUUUUGUCAAAUUCAUGUAUUGUAUGUUUGUGAUUUUUAUAUCAAAGGUAUAUAUUUCUUAAUGCAGUGAGGUAAUGAUGAUUUUAUUUAGCAUAAGGCUUUAUGCAUUUAGCUUUAACCACAUGAAUAUAAGACAUGAUGUUUUUAUCAAGAGACUAAGUGAAAUAUGAUGCUGAAAUUUUGAAUGAUCUUUUAUUAUUAACAAGAGCUUUGUGAUAGAAGUUACAUAUAGUCCGUCCAGGUUUAGUAGUUUUAGUAGAUCAGACUGCCGUGUAAUUACUUUAAGAUGUUUUUAAUCUAGUCAUUCAGGUAAAUAUAAGGUUGAAAGGAAGGUAUUUAUUUUUUGCAUUUAUUUAUACAUACAUGUAUGCAUACACACAUUCAUGUAAACAUACAUGCAUAUAUCAUACACACAUAGAUGCAUAUAUGAUUAUAUACAUACAUAUAUACAUAUAUGUAUAUAUGUACAUGCAUACAUACAUAUAUACAUACAUGGCUAGACAAAGUCUUUCGUUUAAAUUAUAGCCAUGGUAAUUCAGCCAUUGCCGCUCUAGAUGUUUCACUGAAUUUGAGAAUAUAAUUUUCAGAUGAGCCAUUAUAGACACUGUGUAUAACAAUUUUAAUGUUUAUCUAUUUAAAUUUACUUAGGACUUUAUUGAAUUAUUUAAUGCUGCUAUUGGCUGUGGUUUUGACAGAAUUUAAUUAAAAGAGAGAACACAGGCCUAUAUGCUUGUUUAACUCAGAGAAAACUAACUCAGAGAAAAUUAAAUCCUUAUUGAUACAUUUAGUUAAUAGAAUCCAAGAUUUUUUACAGUUUUUGUUACUACUGUUACUCUUCUGUCUCUUAUCUUCCUGUCAUUGAUACUACAAAUGUCUCACAAAUAUUGUCCAGUUCCAUUGAUCUAAAAAUCUCCCAGGCAUUGAAAACAAUAUAGCUCAGAUUUCAUGUACUUUUCAUCGACCUAUGGCCAUAUGUCUGUGUCAUACAUGACCACAGAUGUUCAGAUAGAUAACCAUUCAUUUCAAAUGCAUCAAGUUUAUGGAUUGUUGCUGAAUAUUAGAUAAUUCUUGUCUUUGAAGACCAAUCCUCACCUUGAAAGAUUAGGGUGAAGCAAUUCUGCAAUAUUAUUUUUUAUCUAUUAUAUAUUGACAUCAGUAAUUGUUAAUCACCUUGCCAUGGCAAUAAUUUGUUAUGUAUCCCAAUAAAAUCAUAAGAAAUAUUUCAGCAAAUAAUCGUUACCUGUGACUGGCAUAUAUACCCACAUAUAUAAGUAGUUGGAAGUAAAUCAGUUGAAGGAAAACCAGUAAAAUGUAGUCUUGACUUUAGUUCUGAUUUGUAAAAUGUCUCUCUACAUAGAUGACUCCACAAUUAUUCAGCCACCAAGGAGUCAGUGAGUAGACCUUGUAACCUCACCUGAUUUUGCCUUUCCUCGAGAAAUAUGUUUUUUACCAGUGCUCUUAAUAUCAGUGCUGUUGUUAUUAUUAUAGACAUUAUAAUUAUUAUAUUAUUAUUAAAAUUAAUUGCAAUGGAAUAUAAAAGAGAAUAUAUCAGAAAGUCAAGAUAAAUGGCUUUAAGUGAGAUUGUUUGUGACUAAGUACUUGUGGAGCCACAUAUGUGUAAAGACAAUUCAUAAACUAAACUCAUAGUGAGCAGUAGGUUAAUUCGUACGUAUGUAUAUGCCAUGCCCACCAUGAGUUUGAUUUAUUAUUUAUCUCUACGCAUAGAUGGCUCCGCAAGUUCUAAGUCACCAACGAGCCAGUUACAAGUUAUCUUAUAUUUCUGUUAGUAGUGUCAAUUAGAUUAUAAUAAUUAUAAUGUCUAUGAUAAUACUAACAAAAUCAAUAUUGAUAGCAUUAGUAAAAAAAACUUUUUCCUGCAAAUUCAUGGAAAGGUAAAAUCAAGUGAGAUCACAAGGUCUACAAAAUGACACCUUCGUGGCUAAGCACUUGUGGAGUCGUGCCUGUGCAGAGACAUUUCACAAGACAAUACUACAGUGGCAACGAUGGGUUAACAUCUGCCAGAUGAUGGGUGAAGUGAUUUCAAAGUAGUUUCUCCCGUUGUAGAAAAACAGCAGAGUUUUGUUAUAUUGUCAUUUUAUAUCUGUCACCACCAAUAUUUCUAUCAAUAUUUGAACUAUGUAGACAUAACAGACUCUUCCUGUAGGUGGCAUGAAAGAUAGUUCUUCCAUGAAGGAGAUUGUCCGGUUGUCUUCUUUAAAUUUUGAAAAUACACGCAUAUAUAUGUAUGUACAAGUAUUUUUUUUUUGCAGGGUUGAACCCUCACACACUGACUCAUUCUGAAAAAAUGAUGAAAUUAUAAAACUAUUUAUACUGCACAUGCCUUGGAACAUCUGUUUAAUAGGAAUAUCCAUCAUUUUGGAUAGGAUUUUGUAACUGAAUUAAAUUGCAAUGUAUAUUGUGUAUUACUGAAAUAUGCUAACUAGGAACUGAUUUGUGUUUGUCCUUAAGGUAGCUAGUGUAGGUAGUAUUACUAGUGCCUAGCUAAUCCACUGAGACAUAGUACCUGCAGCCUGUGAAAAAACAAUUUGAUCAAAUAAUACCUUUGUAGAGGUACCAGCUGAAUAAAGCACUAUACUUGGUUGAGGAGACAUCCCUAAAGCUGCAUUCAGUAUGUAGAUCCACAUGCAUAAGGGCUAUUGUUCUCACAGACAAAUCACAGUAAAAAAUCAGUUAAAAGAAAAAUUUGGAGGCCAGUAUCUUGAAAACCUCUUAAUUUUAAUUUGAUUGUACUCAUACAAUACUUCCCAGGGAACACUAUCUCUGGUUUCUUAUAAUUUCAUGUUUUUAAAGAGGAACAUUUCUAAGCAUAAAAAUAUAUGCUAACUAGCCUUAUAAUUGCAGAAAAAUGUAUUUUCAGUUAUCUAUGAAAUACAUUGAAAGAUUUUCAAAAAGAUACAUAAAAAUUGCAAUUGGGGGUACAAUAAAAUCCAUCUAACAAGCCCUUUGAAUUGUUGUGAAAUUUAGUCAUAUUAUCUGCUAGAAGAAUGUUGAUGCACCCCCUGUUGAGUCAUUUUGCUGUGACGUAGGAAUACAAGGCUGACAAAUGUUCAAGGCCUUCAUUUGUUUAUUUUUGCACAAUAAUUUCAUAUAAAAACGUUUGUGCACAUUAUAUCAUAUAACAUUUUUUGUGCACAUUAUACCAGCAUGUUACUAUAAUAUGUAAAAUAGUUUUGCAGCACAGUAUUCACAGUAAUGUAGUUUGCUAUUUAUUUAUUUUGUUACUAAUCAUUACUUUAUGGAAACAUUGGGCUUUCAGGAUGCUUAAUGCUCAAAGUGUAUGUGAACUGUAGGUCUCAGGGUUAUUUAUUAGACAAAAGACUUGCACAAGAUGGAUCUUUUCAUGAUACAUGAUUUUGAUAUGACAGUCCGUUAUUAUUUUCCAUAUUUCUUUCAUUUAACAUAUUAUAGUUAUUUUAACAUAUAGAUCAAGGCUUGAAUUCUUAAAAUAAAUCCCAUAUUGUCUUACCAGUAUAUAUAUAUAUAUAGUAUGUUUGUAUGUGAUUUUUUCUAUCACCUUUUUAUGAAAUGUGUGUUAUUAGAGUUAGAAUUACAUUUGUAUUACCCACAUAUAUAUUUUUUAUUUUUGAUUAAAUAUAUAUCUUCACUUUUAGUUUUCUUUUCAUAUUCUGUAUUAAAUAUGCAAGCUCCAUGGUAGUAUUAGAAAUCAGGUCAAAUGGCAGGUGUGUUUUCUAUAGUGUUUUUUCUUUGAUGUGUUAUUGUGAAUAAA